UCAGCUGGUUGCCAGUGGUUACCGGCCGAUCCACUUUGACCUCCCCAAUGAGCCCCACAGAGCCAACACUGAGUUGGGAAGGCGCGCGCUGCAGCCCAGAGAUUCGGAAGGCCUGUUUAUUAUCUGCCACCUUCCUGUUGUGUUUUACAUUAACCAUUACCUUUCCUCAUCCCACCCUUCUCCAGUCAAUCCUUCGCUCGAGAGUUUUCAAGACUUGGCAAUUCGUGCUCAGAGCAUCAAAACAAGCAACACGACAAUCUCAUACAUUCUCUCGUGAGGUUCACUUCGAUCGCAAACAUGGCUGGCGAGAACGGAACGAACGACUCCAUGGCCGUCACCAACCCUGAGAACGGCGCCGCGACCGCGACCGACCUCAAGGGUAAGGGCAAAGCUCCCGCGACCGAGGAGCCUGUUGAGGACACGUCUAUGGCUGAGGACGACGACGAUGACGAUGACGAGGAGGACGACGAUGUCCCCGAGGAGGCCGAAGCUCCUGAUGAGGAUAACAUGGAGGAGAUCGAUCUUGACAACGUCAUUGGACGUCGCACUCGCGGCAAGGUGAUCGACUUCGCCAAGGCCGCGGCGGAGAAUCCUGCCGACGAUGAUGAAGAUGAAGAUGACGAGGACUUCGAGGUUGAGGACGAGAAGAUGGACGAGGAUUAGGAGGACCCCGUCCAGCAGACCCCCGAGCUCCCCGAGGGCGCCAUUCAGAAGCCCGCAGAGGCCCCGGUCCAAGCCCCCGCUGACACUACUGUGAGCGCUUGAUACGACGAUGGAAUGGAUACGAUGUCAUGA